CUGAGACUGCUGCUGCAGCCGGACCGACUCCUCCCGAGCCCCGGGACCAGCCCCAGCACCUCAGCGUCCUGCAGAGACCGGUGAUCAGCCCCGACCCACCAACACUCGCGGUGUAAAGAGGAGCCGCCAUGAGGGACUACACGGCCGCGCCGAGCCACGGAGGCGCGUGCAUGCCCUGCUGCCAAGUUUGCGUGUUCGUCUUUACCGCAUUUCUCAUCGUCGCAGAGCGGACUGCGCUAAUCUACUGCUUUGUGUACUAUCUGUGGAUCGGUCACAACUACUGCUACGCCCAUCUCGCCGGGUUCACUGCUCUGUUCUUGCUGCCAGGUUGGGUUCCUCAGUGGCUCAGUUACCUGUGGUACCUGUCCGAUGGACGCAUUCGCAGGAAGUCUCUCACCUGGACACAUAUACUGCACCUGGGUAUCUUCAAAAGGCUGUUGGAGUGUAUGCAUCUGCCUGAUGAGGAUUUGUAUGGUGAGAUCAUGCAGCAGGCAGACGUAUCUGCCUUACGACUCUUAGAGGCCUUGAUGGUCACCCUCCCCCAGACGCUGCUGCAGACCUAUGUGCUCAUCUGUACUGAUAUAGGACUCAAAUCUCCAGCCUCGGUGUGUUUCGUGGUGUGUUUGCUGUCUCUUGCCUGGGCCUUGGUUCUCUACGCCAGAGCCUGUUCUCUUAUCAGACCAGGUCACCUACAAAUGACGCCCGCUGCAAUUCUCUGUCGACUGCUAUGGAGGGUCGGUAUGUUGGGAUCUCGAUUCGCUGUUCUCAUGCUCUUCACACGUAUCUUCAAACAGUGGAUCCUGGGAGUCAUUGGUGUGCACUGGCUGGGGGCAACUUUCUGGAUGGUGUCUCAGCAGAGUGACAUCAUACGAUCAACCAGUCGAUGGAGAAUCUUCAACCUCUUGCUGGGAGCCAUUCACAUCUUCCUCUUCCUCAACGUGAAAUACGGUCAAUCCAGAUACCGCAUGGCUGGUUUCUACCUGGUCAUGUUCUUAGAGAACGCAUUUCUUCUCCUGGCCUCAUCCUGGAUGUUUACCAUGGUGUCCUGGGACACUGUUGGCAUCCCAGCUGCAGUGUUCUGCAGCUUCCUCAUUGGAGUGAUAGCGUUGGUUCUGUACUAUCGUUUCCUCCACCCGAAGUCCUUUGAGAUUUUCCAGAGUAUUCGCCACAGAGGGAUUGGUGGAGCCUGCACGGAGCGUGGGUCUACGCUCUCAUUGGAGGAGAAAGUCACACCCACUUUCCAUCGCCACGCAACACUGUCUGGAGGUGGGACUCUCAUGGACCUUCCUAUCCAAUGGGAGGGCUGGAAACAUCACCACUGGCUGCUGAUUCGCUUGGCCCUGAAGACAGGGGAUGUAACAAAGAUCUGGUCGGUCUACGGCGAGGGGGGACUGGCUGGGCUGAUGGGUCUGUCUGAAGAAUUUCACUCCCCAGACGAACAUUAUGUCCCUCGGGUUCCACCUGUUCAACCACAGGUUCCUCAGAUCUCACAUCCAGCUCCUCAGCCAGCUCCUCCACAGGUGGCCCAGGCUCCACAGGUGAGAGAGGUGGUCCAGGCAGCAAAGCCUCCUCCCACCAGUGUGGUGGCCAGACCGGUGAGGAAAGCUCCCCCUACAUCAAUCCAGGAUAUGAGAAGGUUUCCAGAGAUUAUCCCGAUCCAGGAGGUCAUUCCUGAAGAGACUGCAGAGGAAGAGUCCAGUGCUCCACUAUCAGAUGAAAAAGGUGAUGAGGAUUUUCAGAGUGCAGCUUAUGGUUCACCCACACUCUCAUCCCCUCUGCAACCAGAGAGCCUCCGCCACAUUGACAGCAAUGCUGCGUCCCUGACCCCGGCCUCGUCCUCCAUAGCCUCUCUGGACAUCAAGACUCCAGGCUGGUCACCUGAGCGACACUCCCCUCUGCUAAAUACUUCCCCAGAUAAAAGGCCUGGGAUCCCUGGAGAGUCUAGCACCACACUGUACUUCAGCGCAGAAGCACACUCUCCCUCCAGUGGGAGCUAUCUAGGCUGGGGCUCCGAGCUGUCGCCCAUCUCCACCUACCGAAGUCCCUACCGGAUCAGGGAGGCUCGUUUCGUCACAUCCACCCCACGAUUGGAGCCUCGAACUGGGGCUGAAAGUCCAAGUCCAGCCUCUGUUGUCGUGAUUCCUGCCACUCCAGGUACAACACCGGGCACCACCCCCCGUGCUUCCACCCCUGCUGCCUCUACAUCUGGUGCUUCAACACCCGCAGCUUCAACACCCGCUGCCUCAACCCCCAGUGCAUCCACUCCUGGUGCUACUACGCCCAGUACUCCAGUCAUCCCACUCACUCCAGUCAUCUCCCACGCUCGUAAACAGCUGGUCCAGUUUGUGGACAGUAGAGAGAGGGCGGUGUAAGGAAGGUUGGGGGGUGGAGGGGAUGGGAAAUCCUAGGUGGGGAAUGGACUUUUUUUUUCAGUUUAGCAGUUGAAGAUAAACCUCACUUUCUCCUUUAAUUACUAGGGAAAGGCUCAGUGGUUGAGUUUAUUUAUUUGAAUCGGUUAUUACAGAAUAUGAAGUAUGAUCUUUUUUAUACCCUUACAUGCAGAUUAAGAUGUUUAAAUAGCAGAAAAUUUAGAUGCAUGGGUGACACAAUGGCAAAAUACCUGAAGACCUCUGUAGGGAUGUUGGUCGUGUACAAUGUUGCUGCCCUAGCUGCUCCUGGUGGAUGCAGCUACACGAGGAAGGCUUGAAUCGUAUGAACCUGCUCAAAUAUGAUGCUCUUUGCAGGCUGGGGGGGGGGGAAACAUGGGUUGUAGGGGGACUCAUGUCUCCAAUGCAGACGAUCAGAGGUGGUAACAGUGAACUAUAGAUGAAAUCUGGGUUAGCCAUCAAUAGAAACUUCUCACAGGUGCUAAUAAAUGUGGAGCAUCGUUUUCAUUCAGUUAGAUGAAACCUCUCACUUAAUUUUUAAUAAUGGGAAACUAAACAGAGAAAACCCAAAGCAGUGACGUGGCGUGUUGGGGAAGUGCAGAAUUAAUCAAAUUCAUUCGAAAAUGAAUCAUUCAAAUAAUGGGGCGUUGUGUUGACAUGAUAUAAGCAAUCAUGAGAAUCGAGGCAAAGUUUAUGAAAUUUCUUAAUGACUAAGAUUUUUCUAAAUGAUCCAGGUAAUUAAACCAGUUUACAAUAAGAAAACAUGCUGCCAGGCUGCCGUGCAAAGUCUCUUCUAUAACGGCACUCGCCAAACCUGACUCUUUUUUAACUGGUGAGAUUAGUCUUUAUGUGAUCGCCUCGUUUUGUCUGUAGAACAGAUUUCACUCUUCUCCGACUGAUCCAUCAGUUCCAUGUGGCUUUGGAUAGAAUCAUCUAAAUGCAGUGUGUUACAAUGAAACCAAUGAUCAGUUGUGACCGCAAUGAGAAACAAUGACACAUUUUCCUAAAUCUUAAGAUGACAUUCAGCAUCUCUCCCAGUUUUCAGGCAGCAUUCAUCAAUCAGACUGUUACUCACUUAAUUUACACAACACAACAUGAUUGAUGUUAACACAAGUUACUUCCAUACACACAGAGAUAGAGGCCUGAAUUUACUCUCUGUAAAAUAGUAAAAGGUUUUAAGGAAAACCAUUUUAUGAAUCUUAUGUACACUUUCAUGUCGGUCCGUCAGCACUUUAAAGCAGAAAAGUUGAAGCUAAUGUUUGUCACGUUAGCCACCAGAUGGCUCUAGCUUGAUAUUCUUCAAACAGCACUAUUAUUAGUAUGUUGGAAUUUAAUUAAGCAAUAUAGAAAAUUACAGGAAUAUCAACUGAUGGUUAUUUUAUUAUAUUUGAUUG